AUGGAUAGCGCCCGGUUGAAUAGGCGAGUUCGUCAGGCUUGCGAGCCUUGCAGGCGCAAAAAGUCGAGAUGCCCAGGCGAGAGGCCGGCUUGCUCGUAUUGUCAGCGUCUGGGCCAGCACUGCGUGUAUAACCAUGUGGGUAGCGAUGCAGAGCCCGGCCCGUCACGACAUAACAGAAAGAUGGAAUACCGAAUUGAUAGCCUGGAAGAGAAGAUGGACCGUCUUAUCGAGAGAGUCAGUCCUGUUAAUAUGCCCCCUCGCCCGUCUGUCACGCCAUAUCAGUACCCGGGCAGCAGACCCGGGUAUACGAGGACCGCGAGCGCGGGCGACCUCCCAUGCUGGAAUUGGAGCAGCGACCGCGACGAGACCCUGGGGUACGCCAACGUGGACUCUCACUUUGAAGACUUUAACCUGAAUAACUUGUCGAACAAUGACCUUUUGAUUCCCAAGGAGAACCUACUCGCCAUGGGCCGGCUCUACUUGGCCUGGUGUCACGGGCAGCCCAUUGCCCUGUUUGAUCCGGAGACGUUUCUCGACUCCCUCACCUUUCGCGAUCUGGAGCUCAUCUUGGCCUUGCAGGCACUCAGCCUGCGGUACCCUCCAAGCACACUGACGCCACAGAAACGUGAAAAGUUGGACUCGAUGGAGCGAGAGUCGAGAAGCGCCAUUAUGAAUCGCAUCGCGAGCUCCGCUGUCGAGCUUUCUACGCUACAGACUCUUUGUAUUCUAAGCAUGGUUGAAUUUGCAGACGGGAAAAUUGCACAGGCAGGCUUACACGUGGCCAUUGCCAGCCAUCUGGCGCAGAGCGUCCAGUCCAACAGCAUGCUGGGCGACGCCGACGAGUUUGGCGACUGCGUCCGCAGCAUCAUGAUGCUGCAGAACCUUCAGGGCUGUAUCGCGCCGGCCACGGGGCCCGGCAGCGCCCUCAUCGGCGGGCAGCCGCCGCCCAUCUCGCAGAUCCACGCGGCGGCGCUCUCUGGGCGCGCUGAGCCCGCCCCCGCGGGCUCGGUGCAGACCAACCCUGGAAGCAGCAGCGGCCAGAUGGACUCGGGCAUCAUGAAGUACGUGCUGGAGCUCAGCGAGGCGUGGCGCAUGGCCCGGUCCUACGCGGCCUGCCGCGUGAGCGCGGACGCGCCGCCCCCGUGGAACCAGCACUCGGACUACUCGAGCGUCAUGAACCUGCACCUCGAGUUUGACUGCCGCGUGCCGCUGCGGUACCGCUUCGCGGCCAACAAGUUUGCGGAGCAGGAAGCCGACGCGCUGGAGCGGCGACGCGACUACUGGGGCCCGUGGCUGUACAUCCAGAUCAUCUACGCCCUGAUCCCGUGCAUCGUCAACCACCCGUUCCUGCUCUCGAUGCGGCUCAAGAACUUUCGGCACACGCUUCCGCAGUCGUUUAUCCACCACUCGUUUGAGUACAUCAACCGGCAUGCGGGCUGGAUCAUGUACUUUAUCAACAUGCUGGAGAAGAAGUCGUUCCAGAUUGCGGACCCUGCGCUGGCGCACUGCAUUGCGGUGGUGGCGACGAUACACUUGCAGCACAGCUUUGUCAAAGAUAGGCCGCUGCGGGACAAGGCGCAAGAAGGGUUUGAAAAGUGCAUCAGUUUUCUGCGGCGCAUGGGCGGCACGUGGCCCUACAUCUCCACGAUGGCAAACAAUCUAGCCAAGCUGCGAGAAAGCGUCGGAUUGCUCUACUCACCGCGAGCAGACGGCACCGCGUCGUCCCCCCACGACCGAGACUCCUUCUCCAUCGACGCCCAGCUGCUCUGGGACAUUCUCGUCUACGAGCGCGCGGGCCGGCCCGACGCGGGCGCCGACCAGUCCAUCUUUGGAAAGACGCUCAAGGUCGGCACCAAGAGGCGCGGGGGCGGCGAUGACGACGACGACGACGGGCGCGCCGCCGCCGAGUUUGACCUGGUCGGCUCCGCGGGCAUCUCGGGCCACAAGGCCGUGUCCAAGGAGACGCCGGCUUACGCACCGAUUGAGAAUGAAGAUGCGCCUUCGGGCGGCGGCGUGCUCGUGAGCGGCGGCGGUGGUGACAAUAGUGUCCACGACGUGAGUGACGAGGCGGCGGGCGUCAUGGCGGUCUCGGUCGAGGACCGCUUCUUUGAGGGCAUUGGGGGCUUGGAUGGCGAGGAGCAUCUGUUUUUGCAGGCGAAUGACUUUGGCAAGGCGAUAGAUACGUGGCUGAGCCAUCAUGUAUUGUGA